GAACAUUGAUGUUUUAGUUUAUUAGUGCUCCUGCGCCGCUCGACCCAGCCGGUUGUUGCAAAUAUUUAACAUGAUUCGAAUACUUAGUGUGUUUGUGAUUGUGAUAUUACCAAGGGACCUCGUACUGGCAGACUGCGGAGUAGUAACGAGAGAGCAAUGGGAUGGUCUGAGCCCGACUCGAGUUGAGUACCUACCGCGGCCGGUCAGCCUGGUGAUCAUCAUGCACACCGUCAGCCCCACGUGCAGCACGGACGGGGCCUGCGCGAAGCAGGUCCGGACCCUGCAGACGUACUUCUUGGAUCAGCUUAACUACUGGGACUUGGGGCCUUCAUUCCUUAUUGGUGGAAACGGCAAAGUGUACGAAGGUCCCGGCUGGAUUCACGUCGGUGCUCACACCUACGGCUACAAUAGGAAGUCCAUUGGAAUAGCUUUUAUAGGCAACUUUACCAAUGACAAGCCAACCCCUCAAGCGCUGGCGGCCGCUAAGGCGUUGAUCAAGUGCGGAGUGACCAAGGGGCACCUGAAGAGCGACUACAAACUAGUAGGCGCCCGUCAACUCAUCGCCACGGAGAGCCCGGGCCGCAAACUGUAUCAGGAAAUACGCAGCUGGCCUGAUUGGACCGACAAUUUGGACGGAAUAAAAAAUAACUGAGCAAAUCGACCAAGAAAGUGUACUUUUAAAUACAAUGUAACACCCGCGACGAUAUCACAAAUUUCUAACAAUAUCCUGAGAACAUUUCAAAAGUGAAACUUCCUUUAAUCUCUCUGUAACCAGAAGUUUUCAUCAUUUAUUUGAAACUCUCCAUUUUAGCACACCUGUGCCCUAGUCUUAAUUACUAAACGUACUUUUAUACAUUGUCCAUCAAUCUUUGACUUCCACAUACGAGACAAAUCUACUAAUUAAGUAUCGUUAAAUGACCAAGAUAACAGAAGAAAGUCUGUCAUCAAUAAUGUUAGUAGGCACAAUAGGCACAUUACUCACUAUGAUUGCAGAGUUAAGUAUAUGUAUAUGGGUUUAAUUAGC